AUGUUUCGUUUAUUUUCAUCUGGUGUAGAUGAUUUGGUAUUGGUUUCAUCACCAUCAAAUGGUGAAGUUACCAAUCAAAUCGGUGCUAGAUUCGACAGAGAGUUGAUUUAUACCAAUAUCGGUGAGGUAUUGGUUGCUGUCAAUCCAUACAAACAACUUCCAAUCACUGGUCCAGAGUUUAUCAAAAUGUAUCAAAAUGCAUCUGGUGGUGAUGCAUCUCCACAUAUUUUCCAAUUGGCAGAGCGUGCCUACAGAAGAUUAGUGGAUGAUAACGAAUCACAAUGUGUAAUUAUUUCAGGUGAAUCUGGUGCUGGAAAGACUGUUUCCGCUAAGUUGAUUCUUCAGUAUGUCACUGCUGUCAGUCCAAAUAACAGUUAUGGAUCGGCGAUGGGAGGAGGUGGUGGUGGCGGUUCACUACCACAGUACGACGGUGGAGCAGACGACAAUCCAGCGAUGCCAGGUCGUGGUAGAGCAUUACCAGGUAUGAUGCCGGGCGGUAGAGGUGGAAUGCCACCAAGAGGCGGUGCACCAGGUAGAGGAGGAGCUCCACCCCCAAGAGGAGGAGCGCCACCACCCAGAGUUGCUGCGCCACCACCCAGAGGAGGAGCACCACCCCCAAGAGGAGCACCACCACCCAGAGGAGGAGCCCCACCACCUAGAGUUCCACCUCCACCAGCUGGAGGUUAUGGAAGUGAUAAUGGCGGUGGUGACGAUGAUUACCAACCACCAGCAAGAACUGUUGUUCCACCACCAGGUCGUGGCGGACCUCCAGGAAGAGGAGCACCAGCUCCACGUGGUCGUGGAGGACCCCCACCCCGUAUCGCUCCAUCUGGAGGUGGUGGUGGAAGAGGUGGAGGUACCGUCGAUGUAGAACAUAUUAAGCGUGUAAUUCUAGAUAGUAAUCCGCUGAUGGAGGCAAUUGGAAAUGCCAAGACAGUGAGAAACGACAACUCUUCGCGUUUCGGAAAGUAUUUGGAGAUUCAAUUCGAUAGUAACAACGCACCGGUCGGUGGACAAAUCUCAACUUUCUUGCUCGAAAAGACAAGAGUAACAUUCCAACAGAAGGGUGAGAGAAACUUCCAUAUUUUCUAUCAGAUGUUGGCCGGACUCGACCAGUCGACAAAGAGCGAAUGGGGAUUGACCGAUGCCUCUGCAUUUUAUUACCUCUCACAAUCGAAAUGUACCACUGUCGAGGACGUCGAUGACGGUGCCGACUUCCGUGAGGUCUGCAAAGCCAUGGAGACCGUUGCAAUCUCAAAGGAUGAACAAACAGAGAUUUUCAGAAUCCUAGCUGCCAUUCUCCACGUCGGUAAUAUCCGAUUCCAAGGUGAGCCACCAGCCGAAGUCAUCGAUACCAAUCCAUUGCAAUGGGCUGCAACUCUACUUGGUUGCGAUCCACAAUUCCUCGGACAAUCGUUGAACCAUCGUCAGAUUCAAUCGGGAUCCGUUCGUCACACUCAAUAUGCAGUUCCACAGAAUCCGGACCAAGCUGCCGGUCUUCGUGAUGCUCUCGCCAAAACAUUGUACGACCGUGUCUUUGACUUUAUUGUAGCACGUAUCAACACUGCCAUGCAGUUCCAUGGACAAUCCAAGGUUAUUGGUGUACUUGACAUCUAUGGUUUCGAGAUUUUCGAGAGAAACAGUUUCGAACAGUUCUGUAUCAACUAUGUAAACGAGCGUCUACAACAGAUUUUCAUUGAUUUGACUGUGCGUGGUGAGCAACGUGAGUACCACGAAGAAGGUAUGAAGUGGAAGGACAUCUCUUUCUUUGAUAAUAAGAUCGUGUGUGACUUGAUCGAAGGUAACAAACCACCUGGAAUCAUGCGUGUUCUCGACGACGUCUGCAAGACAGUGCAUGCCGUCGACUCUGCAACCGCCGACAUCAAAUUCAUCGAAAAACUUCAGGCAUCGAUUCAACAUCCACAUCUCGAAUUCAUUGGACACGACGAAUUCACCAUCAAACAUUAUGCAGGUGAUGUAACCUACAAUAUCGAGGAGUUCUGUUUCAAGAAUAACGAUAAUCUCUAUGCUUCGAUUGUAUGCUGUAUGCAAACCUCCACCUAUCCAUUCAUUGCCGGUCUCUUCCCAGAGAACAUGAUGGACAACAAACAAGCACCGACUACCGCAUCUUUCAAGAUUCGUCAAUCAGCCAACUACCUCGUUCAACGUCUGUCGGCUUGCACUCCACAUUAUAUCCGUUGUAUCAAACCGAACGACCGUAAACAACCGAUGAACUUUGUGUCGUCGCGUGUCGAGCAUCAAGUAAAGUAUCUCGGUCUGCUAGAGAACAUCAAGGUAAAGCGUGCCGGUUAUGCUUACCGUCAUUACAAGAAUAUUUUCCUCGACCGUUUCGGAAAGAUCUUUGACGUGCCACCCAGAACCAUUCCAGAGUUUGUCGAGCAGAUCGUCCGUGCCUCCAAAGACAUUCCAGCCGAUGAGUUUGAAGAGGGUAAGACUAAGGUGUUUGUUCGUAAUCCAGAGACUAUUUUCAUGCUCGAAGAUCUACUCAUGCAGAAACUCGACCCAGAAGGUUACAAAGAAAGAAUGAAACUCUACAAAGAAAAUGAGAAAUUGGCUCAACAAAAAGCUGGUAAACAUUCUCUUAAACCAAAAUGUUUAAUUCAAUAA